AUGCAAGCGGCGACCGCCCUCUCCACACCGGCCGCCGCCGCUCGCCCAGCUGCGUCUCCCACAUCCACCUCGCCUCCAAGAGUCCAACAAGCGCCGUCGCCGCCAUCACCCUUCCGCGUCUCGUCGGCCUCGGGCAUACUCCAGCUGGAGGAUGUAAGCCAGAAAUCUAGAAAGGAGACCCGCCAGUUGCUGCGAGACGACAGACAUGACAUUGGUGGCAUUGCUGGUUGUUUCCAGACUUGGGUUAGGCAUAAGGACUGGCCAGGUGUAGUCUCGAAUGAGAUCUUCAGGUUUCGAAUGCUUCGGCAACAGCAGCUUCACGUCAAGAGGCCUCUGGAUCAAGGUAUUACUGGCCCAUUCGAAAGGCUUCGGGGGGCAGGUUGA